AUGGAGCCAAAGAGGGUUUGGCUUUUGAGUUUUACCCGUUUCGCUUCGUCGGUGAAACGAAGCGCUCUGACGGUGGCAGAGGAAGCGAGAUUCAAAGCAACGUCUCAAACAGUUGGAGUGCGUGCGAUAGAAAGCUUAGAGCAAAGGGCUCCACUUCCCAAGAAGUGGAGGCUGACGUGGUUGCAAGGGUAUAUGGAUGAUGGAGAAGAUUCUCCAAUCUUUGGUAAUAUUGGGUCCUCUGCUAAGGUUCCUUCGCUCUGGGUGAUCCCGAGUGCAAACCGGCGGCAAGGUUUUAGUCCCCUGUCCUUGGAUAUCGACGAUAUGGGCGAUUCUGGACAUGGUGUGUUCACAGAAGAUGCUGUGAGGGGCAAGCACUAUGACCAAUCUUCUCUUACUGAGGGAGAAAGGAUUGGUAUCUCCAUCACAGAAGGAGAGGUGGAUGAAGUUCGCCGGCAGGGAGAGAACUGCUUGAUUGGGCGAUACUGGACUGAACGAAAAUACAACAAGGAGGCGUUUAAAAAUGUCCUAUCCAGGAUCUGGCGUAUGGAGGGACGAGUGACUUUCAGAGAGUUACAGGAUAACCUCUGGAUUAUUGAAUUCGUGGAUGGAGAGGACAAACGCCGAAUUCUAGAAGGGCGCCCUUGGUCGUUUGAUCGGCAGAUUUUUGUGCUUCAAGAGUUUGAAGGAAACACUCCGCCCUCACAAAUGAAUUUUAGUCUCUCACCAUUUUGGAUCCAAAUACAUGAUAUGCCGUUGAUAUGCAUGAACACGGGAGUGGGCAGGAAGAUAGGCAAAUCCAUGGGCCAGGUGGAGGAAGUUGACGUUGCGGAGGGCUGUGCAGGUUGGGGAAGGUACCUAUGUAUUCGGGUCAUCCUUGAUCUUAUGAAACCUCUAGACCGUGGGCGAGCAUUGCAUUUGGGCGACAAAGUGAACUGGGUGGAUUUUCAAUAUGAAAAGCUAGCUCAAUUCUGUUAUCAGUGUGGUUGUAUUCUGCAUGGUUCUCGGGGAUGCUUGGCAAAACGAAGUGGAAGGCAAGCCACUGCAGAGGGUACGAAACGAUGGGGAGCGUGGCUUAAAGCUGAUGACCCGGGCAGAAAAACUGAAAUGGGUCAAAGCUCAAAAGUUCCGGGCGAAUGGUCUUCUCCAGCGAAAGAGGUUUGGGGCUCUGACGGCGAGAGGAGUUCAACGGGGAAGGAAGGCCACGGUAAUUUUGGUAACCCUAGUGAUUCUAGCAAGCCUAUUAAUGGGGUUAGCAGUGAUGAAUCGAGCGGUUACCAUAUGGGGAAUAAUUCUCCGACAGGGGCAAUGAAAGCUGCUUCAAAUUCCAAAUCUAGAGGGGGAGAAGGAAAACGUCAAAAGUUUUCCUUAGCUGAAAGGGAGGCAGUUCAGGGAGCAAAGCCACGUGGAAAAAAGGGUAGGACAACUGGAGGUAACUAUCUUGGUCGUGGGCUGGGCCAAAAUAAUAAGGGGAACACAGUGAAGAAGCAAGAACCCAUGGCAUUAGCUAAAGGGGGCCCAUCUGGGGAGAGAUGA